AUGUCCGUCUGCUCCAGCAACCUCAGCUAUGGCAGCAACAUCUGCAUGCCCGCUUCCCACGACUCCUGGCAGGUGGACGACUGCCCAGAGAGCUGCUGCGAGCCGCCCUGCUGUGCCCCCAGCUGCUGCGCCCCGUCCUCCUGUGUGACCCUCUGCUGCAAGCCCGUGUGCUGCAAGCCUGUCUGCUGUGUGCCCGUCUGCUCCUCCUCCUCCUCCUGCUGCCAGCAGUCUAGCUGCCAGCCCUCGUGCUGUGGCUCCUCCCCCUGCCAGGAGUCCUCCUGUGUGACCCUCUGCUGCAGGCCAGUGAGCUGCAAGCCUGUCUGCUGCGUGCCCGUCUGCUCCUCCUCCUCCUCCUGCUGCCAGCAGUCUAGCUGCCAGCCCUCGUGCUGUGGCUCCUCCCCCUGCCAGGAGUCAUCCUGUGUGACCCUCUGCUGCAGGCCCGUGUGCUGCAAGCCUGUCUGCUGUGUGCCCGUGUGCUCUGAGAGCUCCUCCUGCUGCCAGCAGUCUAGCUGCCAGCCCUCCUACUGCCCCUCGUCCUGCUGCAGACCCUCCUCCAGCGUGUCCCUGCUCUGCCGCCCCGUGUGCAGACCCGCCUGCAGUGUGCCCGCCUCCUCCUGCUGUGCCCCCGCCUCGUGCUGCCAGCCCAGCUGCUGCCGCCCGGCCUCCAGCGUGUCCCUGCUCUGCCGGCCUGCCUGCCCCCGCCCGGCCUGCUGUGGCCUCUCCUCGGGCCAGUCCUGCUGCUGA